CGAACACUGAGAGGAAGAGUCUUCACGUGGGUCCUUCGAACAGUUGCUGGAGGCACCAAAACAGUAUAUUCCUGAACCCAUACGCCCCCAAGAUUUUUGCUAUUGUAGUGUUCGACGUGCCAGCAGCUGAUGAUAUUGUAUGUUCAGCGAUGUUAACCCGGCGCCCUGAAAAGUGAUUUUUUCAAAGCCGAUUGUGCCACCCAAAGCUGCUUUGCUUCAUCGAGCACGCCUCAAGCUUGUGCCAAUCUACAGGACACCUACUGUGUAUCGCAUCUACGUCUAGACACAGAGGACAACAAAAUCCCGAAAAGACAUUCCCAUACUGUAUGUUCAGCGAUGUUGACCCGGCGCCCUGAUUUUUUUUUUUCAAAGCCGAUUGUGCCACCCAGAGCUGCUUUGCUUCAUCGAGCACGCCUCAUGCUGAAUUUCAUGCUGAAAUCGUCAUUACGCGCACCACAAUUGGUCCAGCCUUCCAAUUACUUUUGGAGCUACCAAAAAAGAGGCUUAGGCCUCGUGACUAGAAGAAAGUGCUGAGCAUGAAGAUUGCCCUGAAGCCAGUGGUGCAGCUUUCAGAUCAAUUGCAGGAUUAGGUGCUGGCUGCGUGACGAGACAGUUGACAUGAAGCUUGCUCUGAACCCAACAACACAUCUAUGUGCAUUUGGGCUGAGAGACAUAAGACCAAAUUGCCAAAAGCUAUCAGGACAAGAAAGCUCCAGCUUGGCACCGUAAGAUAGCUUCACAACAUUUUGUUGGAUUGAAGCCAUUCUAUAAAAUGCAUCGGCCGGCCUUCCAUGCCCUUGAACAUGGGCGAGACCAAUUGAGGCUUGCUCUUUGAAGCGUCUUAAAGCACUGUCACCAGGCUGUGCUAGCUGGUGCUUGCUCCAUCCUUCCAAUUACCUCCGGAGCUACAAAAAAGGAGGCUUAGGCCUCGUGACUAGAAGAAAGUGCUGAGCAUGAAGAUUGCCCUGAAGCCAGUGGUGCAGCUUUCAGAUCAACUGCAGGAUUAUCUUUCUAAUGAAACCCUGCCCAUUCCGAAGGGCUGUUUCAACUUUGGAUAUUUUUGAAUAAAAAUAUAGAAUGCCCCAAAAUUCACACUAACCAUCCUUCAUACAGGCAAAACGCAAACCCUUUCCAAAGGAAUUUCAACAUAUGGAGGUCAUAGUUGCUGCAAUCAAAUUUCAGGUAAUCCUUUGCUGAAUAUGAAUUAGAUUCCUGAAGGAAACACGGAAAAACGUAAUAAUUUAUUAUGAUUGAUCUGGAGAACCGCUUUAGGCACCCAAAUCAGUCUGAUCCCAAGUCCAAGGAUGCGGUGUUCGUGAGAAUGAUCGGUGUUCGUAAGAAAGCACAGUCAGUGCUGCUGAGCACGAUGCGUGCACGUUGCACACCAAAGUACACACUCCUGUCCCCUGCCCCAACUCAGCUGAAAAAAUCUGGUGAAAACUGUUCAUUUUCUUUCCUUGAGAACGAUGCUGGUCACUGAGAGCGAUUGCCGGCUGAGAAUGGAGAAUUUGUUUUUUUCCCCUAGAAAAACAAACCACACCCAUUCCCACCGGGAUCCUUCUGAGCCUUUUUUUUUUUGAUCAAAAACGUCCGGGAAAAAAUGUAGGCUAUCGUCCACCAGAAACGAUUCCUCUCAUUAAAACAAGUGGCCUACUGAGAACACAAACACUUCGUGAGAACGAUGGGCCGAUUGGAAUACCCAUUGAUGAUGACCUCAGACAAGAAACCCUGCUGGUGGAACUUUUUUUUUUUGGAAGACACCCUUUUUGCAAUGCGAAGUAACGCAAAGAUUGAUCAGUGUGUUGAAACAGCACCCCGAUGAAAUUGGCCUAAGCAAGUGCGUGCUAGAAGCAACUACUAUUGACAAACAACUCUAUGCUGCAGUUUCCCUACUCCCCCAUGAUGCGGUAGCUUCUCCAUCUUGUGCCAAAAAAAAAUGGGUGGAUUCAUUCAAACAUGACCCCUCAGAACGAUCGCUGUUCUGACAUGCGUUUUUCCCGUAAGAAUGCGUAGGCCUCAUGACUAGGAGAAAGUGCUGAGCAUGAAGAUUGCCCUGAAGCCAGUGGUGCAGCUUUCAGAUCAACGUGCGCAGGUGCAUUGACAUACACGCAUUUGGGUUGACAGACACAGGACUGAAUUGCUAAAGGCUAUCAAGACCCCAAAGCUCCAGCUUGGUUGGUACCAUAAGAUAGCUUCACGGCAUUUUGUUGGAGUGAAGUGAAGCCAUUCUGUAAAAUGCAUAGACCAGCCUUCCAUGCCCUUGAACAUGGGCGAGACCCAUUGAGGCUUGUUCUUUGAAGCGUCUUAAAGCACUGUCACCAGGCUGUGCUAGCUGGUGCUUGCUCCAUCCUUCCAAUUACCUCCGGAGCUACAAAAAAGGAGGCUUAGGCCUCGUGACUAGAAGAAAGUGCUGAGCAUGAAGAUUGCCCUGAAGCCAGUGGUGCAGCUUUCAGAUCAAUUGCAGGAUUUCUAAUGAAACCCUGCCCAUUCCGAAGGGCUGUUUCAACUUUGGAUAUUUUUGAUGAUUCCUAUGACAUUCUUGAUGAUUGUAGCCAUUCUUGAUGAUUCCUAUGACAUGCAUAGACUGGCCUUCCAUGCCCUUGAACAUGGGCGAGACCAAGUGAGGCUUGCUCUUUGAAGCGUCUUCCAACCCCAGCAGCGUCUGGCAAGUCACACUUGACUCCGGAUGGAGCCUACAGGCCUACAGACAAAUGCCUCAUCGCAUGCAGGUUUAUGCACGAAAGGUCAUAUUUUGUAGAAGCUCACAGUAGUGCAUUGCAGAGAAAAACACUGUAGCCAGAAUGUGCUAGCUGCCGCUCCCUGAGAGCAUUCCGUGGUGAGUUCGGAGGGCAAGAGAGCUGUGGCAGGAGUUCAGCAAUAUCAACUCUAUUUUUUUGGGCCCUGCAACUUUUCGAGAAAUUUAAACAAUAUCUGGCAAAAUAUACCUGACGCAGAUGACUUCUAGGCCUUGACUGUGAGCAGAUGCCGCGGUGUUCCAAUUUCUUCAAGGGCUGGUGAAACAGGCAAGACCGUGUGACGAGAAAUUUUGGCAAAUGCAUCAUCACAUGCAGGAUCAUGCACGAAGGGCUAUGUGCGGAAACUGGUGCAGCCUGCAGAUCAGUUGCAAGAUUAGAGAAAGAGACGCUGGCUUCGGGACGAUGUUCUUGCAGUCAGCAUCCUUGUGCUUUUGCCGCCCAUGCCGAGAGAAAGUCAUGAUAUAAACCUCUCAAUGGCUCUCAUUCAAAGAUUCGAAAGUGACAUGGAUUUUUGUCAAAGCGCCCGAAAACGCACAGACGUCCCUUGACAGGGCCUGUGACAUUUUGUAUUUCGUCUUGUCUGCUGAUUGUAGACACAUCCUUUACAACUUUACAGGUUGCUUCUGGCAGCACGGUUUGAAGCCGCGCUGAUGUUGCGCUGUGAAAAACCACACAGGCCGGCGGCCUAUGAGCCGAUUUUGGUCCGGUUGCCACAAGUUUUUGGAGCAGCGCUUUUGCAUUGGGAGAAAAAAAGGCAACAUUUUUCCGUGAUCUUGGUGCUGAAAAAGACUGCUUCACUAUUCUUAGGCAUUUUCAGCAUAUUUUUCCUUCCCCACGGUAUGAUAAUUCGCCUUGCCCCGAAACAAGCGCUGCAGCCCGUAUUUCACGUGAAGGCCGGCACAGGGAGCACCAGAGAGGAUGCACCCGAUGCGCCACUUGCGCUAUCACAUCCACCAUGAGGCUCUCAGGCUGAUGUGCCAAGAGUGCCGGGUUCCAAAGGUAGCUCAUGGGGGCCUUGCCAUUCCUCUGACACGGGCUCAGCAAUGCACUUCAACCGGCCAUUGCCAGAGGAGGGACUCAAAGGGGGUUCUGGUCCUUGCCAAGCCUGCAACCCUGCCACAGAACAUGAGCCUGCGACCCUGUCAGAGAACCUGAUGACACCUCCGUAUCAGUCGCAGGUGCCUUCGUAUGACCAACGAAAUAGUUUUGAGCUUGUAAAGAAAGCAAGCGCAGUGUGGGAUAUCUCGCGAGAAAUUGCAAGUGAGUUGAAAA